UGUCCAAUCAUCCCUGUGCAAGUGGUUUCUGUGAAACAGUCUGCCAUGGCGAUGCCCACUACUCUCAAAGCCUUGACCGUUUUAUCUGUGCUUGUAGUUCUUGCUGCAGAUCAAGCCAAAGGGCAGAAUCAUCGGCCUGAUUGUCCUUCUUUCUCAUGCGGCCCACUUGGAUACGUCAGAUUCCCAUUUCGUCGGGUAAGUGAUCCACCUGAGUGUGGUUAUGAAUCUUACGAGCUAGUUUGCAGCGAUGCUAAUGCUACAAUUCGCAUCGACAAUGCGACAUAUUAUGUGUCUGGAAUCAACUACAAUGAUUCUACCUUCUGGAUUGUCGAUGCUGACUUGGUUUUACACAACACCUGCCCUCUACCACGGUGGGUUCGUCCUCCUCAUCCUUCAUACUUACGCAAAGACAUGGAAAUCGAAUUGGCCCCACAUGCAGAUAGUCUGGCAUGUUUCGUUAAAUGUUCUCAGAAACUAAAGAACAGUGAUAUGUACAACAGUGUUAUGUACAACAGUGGUAUGUACAACAGUGGUAUGUACAAGCCUAUUGCUUGCCUGAACACCAAUGAAUCUUUUGUUUACAUGGUAACUUGCCAAGGCACUCCUUUGAUGAAAUACCUUGAGCCUUCUUGUCGGUACUUGGCUAUGGCUCCUUUGCGUAGUUGGGUGCUAGAGGAUGCAAGUUAUGCAGAAAUUGUGAACUCCAUGAGGGGCGGAUUUGCUGUUCGAUUUCCAUUCAGAUAUUAUGGGGGGAUGAAAGAGUGGAGCAUUAAGACAUGCCUAUUGCGUGAGAUUAGCAAAUUUCGUGGCCCAGCAGUGUCUGGAACGAGCAUCAAUGAUUGGAUUGCGAUAAUUCUUCUGAUGGGGGCAGAUUUUGCAGACUGCGUAUUUUAUGGGAUUGGACUUCCUUAUUAUGCUGGGAUAGAGCGGAAGGUCAUACUAAUUACUAUGCAGAAGCUGACAUUGACUGCCGAUCUAUGCAGGUUCGUGUUGGCACCCCUGGCUGUGUUGAUCUUUCUUGUCUACAAGUACUGGAAAACACGGAUCAGAAUUGAUGCAGUCGAGAAGUUCCUCCAAAUGCAACAAAUGCUUGGCCCAACAAGGUAUGCCUACACCGACAUCACUGCAGUCACAAACCAUUUCAGACAUAAGCUGGGUCAGGGAGGCUACGGCUCCGUGUUUAAGGGUGUGCUAUUGCCAGGCAAUGUUCAUGUCGCGGUCAAAAUGCUAGACGGUAACUCCAACUGUAAUGGAGAAGAUUUUAUCAGCGAAGUUUCAACCAUUGGCAGGAUCCACCAUGUUAAUGUGGUGCGUUUAGUGGGGUUCUGCCCGGAGGAAAUGAGACAAGCGCUCGUCUACGAAUACAUGCCUCGAGGUUCUCUGGACAAGUACAUCUUCUCAGCUGAGAAGAGUUUUUCCUGGGACAAGAUUGCCGAGAUAGCUUUGGGCAUUGCCAGGGGGAUCGACUACCUGCAUCAGGGUUGUGACAUGCAGAUUCUCCACUUUGACAUCAAGCCACAUAACAUCCUUCUUGACAGCAAUUUCAUCCCAAAAGUUGCUGAUUUUGGUCUCGCCAAACUAUACCCAAGGGACAAUAGCUUUGUGCCAUCAAGAGCCCUACGGGGAACUAUUGGGUACAUAGCUCCUGAAAUGAUAUCUCGGGGCUUCGGUGUGAUAUCGAGCAAGUCUGAUGUUUAUAGUUUUGGGAUGCUGCUGUUGGAGAUGGCCGGUGGAAGAAGGAAUGCUGACCCAAAUGCGGCACAUUCAAGUCAGUCUUACUACCCGUCAUGGGUGUAUGACAAACUAGUUGAACAAGAGGUGCGUGAGAUAUCUCCCGUUGGCGACAUGCAUGAGUUGGAGAAGAAGUUGUGCAUCGUUGGACUAUGGUGCAUCCAGAUGCAGCCCCAUGGCCGACCAAUGAUGAGCGAGGUGAUAGAGAUGCUGGAAGGUGGCGUCGACACGUUGCAAAUGCCUUCCAGGCCAUUCUUCUGUGACGAAGGGCACAUCCAUACCGAGGAUACUUACCAUUUGUCGUCCGAGCUGACAGAAAUCUCCGAGGAGGAUAUGAGUGUAAAUAUUGAUGUGUGAUGUAAUUUAUGAUGAAGUGAUGCGCUUAGCUCACGAAGAAACAAAAUUAUGGUUCUGGUUGUAUCAUGUCUGAAAUUACUG